GAAAAUUAAUCGAGCUAUUAUUCUCCUUGAUAAGAGACGAUAUUAUCACAGACUCAUGCUGCAAUGUCCAACAUUUCCGCAUUCGUCGCCCAUGACGAGCAGUUUCAUAAUUUGCUUGGGGGCUCUCCAACUCUAGAGUUGUUAGUAGAAAACAAUCGGUAUCCUUUCGCUCACGAGGCUGGUGUCUAUAUACAAGCUACAAAUGAGCUUUUCAUCACAAGCAACCGUUUUGGUGACUUCCCAAAUACACCCCCUCACGAGGAGCGCGUCCAGAUAUCCAAAGUCGUUCUGAACAAUGACCCAUCCAAAAUCACCUGCGAAGAAAUCGACUCUAGCGCAGUGCCUAUGGGAAAUGGCGGCGUCAAUUACAAAGAUGGUAUCCUUUUCUGCGGCCAAGGGCUCCUCAACAGGCCAAGCGGCCUAUACUAUAUGAGCUUUAGCGCUCCGUACGAUGUCCAACUGCUACUUUCUGAUUUUUAUGGGCGCCCCUUCAACUCGGUCAAUGAUGUGAUCGUACAUUCUACGGAUGGCAGUAUCUGGUUUACUGAUCCCCCAUAUGGCUUUGAGCAAAAGUUUCGUCCAGCCCAGAAUUUGCCACCCCAGAUAUAUCGCUAUGAUCCUGGGACAAAGACUAUCCGCGCUAUGGCGGAUGGGUUUGGACAUCCUAACGGGCUAUGUUUUUCGCCAGAUGAGAAAACCUUGUUUGUCACAGAUACAGAUCGAGUACAUGGGAGUGAAGGGAUAUUGGAUUACAAAGCUUCAACAAUUUACGCAUUCGAUAUAUCCACAAUCCACGGCCAACCGUUUCUUACAAACCGCCGCCUAUUUGCCAUGGCUGAUCAAGGUAUUCCUGAUGGCAUCAAGUGUGACAUGGAAGGCAACGUGUACAGCGGAUGCGGCGAUGGAGUGAAUGUAUGGUCUCCAGGUGGUAUCCUGCUCGGAAGAAUCGUGGUUGAAGGAGGAGCUGCCAAUUUCUGCUUUGGUCAGAAAGGUGAAAUCUUUAUUCUAAAUGAGAACCGCUUAUGGAGGGCACGACUGGGUGAACAUGUCCGUGGUGCGCUAUUGAGAAUUUGACUUCGUUUGGCAAAAUUAAAGCAAAACAGCUUCCUUAGUCUUUAACAUCAUAACCGAAGGACCGUUCUGUAUGGUAGUCUACAGAGAUAACUCCUCAACUAGUUGGUGCUUCUAAACUCAUCGCUAUAUUCACAGAUGAGUUAAUACCAUGUUUCCACUUCCUUCCUACUUUUGGACGAAGCUGGCUUCAA